ACGAGCAGAACAAUGGCGAAGAUAAUCGGUGACAAAAAAUCCCUUUGGCAACAAGUGUGUGAAGAGUAUGAAGCUGAGCAGCCUAGUCCUCCCAGUGCUGUGUGGACAGAUAGCAGCUCAGUGAGCACCCAGUUCUCCCAGUACAGCGCCAGUACACACUCCCCAGUCUUCUAUGGACUCACCACAGCCAAGGUGUCUGUGGAUGAUGAACCUCUGAGAGACUUUGACCCACUUCUUUCCCACCCUGCUCUUGCUGCCUACUCUGUGUUGGCAAAACCCCCUCCACCAAGCCAGAAGUGCCCAUCAGCAGCUCAAAGUACAUCGCCUCCACAAAUCCAUGAAUGUCCUGUCACCAGUUUUAUGGAGAGGAAUUUGUUUCCAGUGUUGUUGCCUGGACUGGAGGCUUUGCUGAGAGACGCUCAGAAACACGGCUGUUUCCAGAGGAAAAUGACAACAUUUAACCCAUGUGACUUCCUAACUGAGUGGCUAUACAACCACAACCCCCGCAGGCAAGGACAGGUGGCAGUGAACUUCCAUAACAUCCCCUUUGUCAAGGACUGGCUCAGCAUGCAUCCCAGACGUCCCAUCCCCCUGUUUCUAUUGCUGAGUGAAGAUCAGGCUGCUCUGCUCAUCCAGGCUUUCUGGAGGGGAUACAAGAUCAGGGCUCGCCCAGAUGUGCAGGAACUACGUCAGUGGCAAAAAAAACUGAGAGAGAACCACAACAUUGCCAAAACAGUCGAACAGUUCUGGGCCCAACAAGAGAGCCGAGUGGGCUCAGCUAUGACAGAUAUUCCAGAAAGCCCCCAGCCUGGUAACUCUGAUGUGUCGAUCCAAGUGGUUUCCCCCACCCCCCAGAGCACCAUGGUCCACACCCCUACCACCCAGACGACCCCUGAGGCUGGUGAGUGGCUGACCUCCAGCCUGUGCAGCAUGUAGGAAAUGGCCUGCGCACCACUACUGAAUAAUAUCCUGGCUGAAGCCAAGCCUGGUGACAAAUCCCUGACUGCAGCGUCGCCGUCAUUACCAGGACCUCACAAACCGAGCUAGACUGGUGGUACUUUUAACUGAAUUCAGUAUCUCUGUGUACAAGGUUUUUCUGGUUUUAAAGGCUAUUACACUCUGUUAGGUUGAUGUCAAACUGACCAAUGUGAUCAGUCAAACAUGCCAUUAAAAACGCCUGUAAUCAGCUGGGUAUGAUCAGGCAGGGAUUUAUUGUCUGAGAUCUGUGUGUAAUUAGUUGAUUGCUUUCACUGCCUUUUUGAUGGAUCACUUCCUUUCACGAGUCUCACCCAACCAAUAAACACCAUAUAGUACAGUUCACAUAUUUUACUGUCAGGAGUGAAACCUCUUGUAACAGACUUAAUGUUUUCCUCUGCACCUCAGCUCACUGGAAGAUAACCAGUCAUAUUUCCUCGACUUGUCAUUUCCUUUUUCUUUAGCAGUACAUAUCUCUCCACAAAAAAGGUCAUAGCUUUUCCAUUCAAGUCAGGAACUGAGGCCGAAGUGAAAGGUGACUGACUGUAUGGGGCAGCACUUUCUCUCCUGUUUAUCAGAAAAUGAAAUUCUCUGUCAGGGAAACAGAGAAGGAAAAAAGUGUUCACACAUUGGUGACAACUACACAAAAUAACAAUAACAAAAAGAAAUGAUGUGAUAAUAAAAGUGAUAAUAACCCUGUUAUAUAGCUCAUCUUCAGUAAUGCAAUUUGAACAUUAUGCCCUAUUUUAUUAGUGCAUACUGUAUAUAUCUUGGAAAAGCUGCUAAAUGUCACAGAUGAAAAAGCAAAACACAUAGUUAGCAAUUUUGUUUACCUGUUACCAUUAAAUGAACAU